CGGCGAGAGAAGUAUAUAAGGGACCGCGUGGAUUGUCUGCUUCUCCCCACCACCACCUCAAAGAGCCACAAAGCAGUGCGCGCUUUUCCCGCUCUCCCUCUCCUCAUUCCGCGCAUCCUACGCCUCAUCGCCUAGAUGCCCUCCGCGCAGCCUGCACAAGAAGCGUCGACCAGCGACUCCAGCAAGUCGCCUCCUCGCGGGCAGAAGCGAACAGCAGACAACGCAGAGCUAUCACCGAUUCUCGACAAAUCCAAUCCCGAGCGCCCUUUUCUCUGCCCAUACUGUCCCCUUCGCUGUCCUCAGAAGAACACAGUCCGAAUACACAUCCGAGCCCGACACACUAAUCAGCGCAAACACCAAUGCCCGUCUUGUUCCUAUAACACGGCCGACCCCUCAUGCCUAAACAAGCAUCGUAAACGGAAGCACGGCUGGAUACCGCCUUCCAGGCGCACCGACGGUUUCAUCGCCCACCAUCCGUCCGGGUCGCGUUCGCCAUCCCCGCCACCUCCACCUCCACCACCCCCGCGCGUACCCGUACCCUUGCCGCACCCUUCCCAGUAUGGUCCGCAGACGUACAGGGUACACCCGCUACCGCAAGCGCGGCCGGUGGUCAAGCAAGAGUACCCAAACUACCGGUGGUUCACGCAUCCCGUCUUCGCCAGGAGACCACAGCUCGAGCCAGCGGAUUGGUCGGACUCAGAUUCAGACUCAGAGCCAGAGGUCGAGCAAACGGCGGAGGUGGAUGUGCCGCCUAUCCCUCACUAUGCGGACAAGCCGAGGUUGUCAUGACGACUGACUCAUCGUUGGCCAUAAACACUUCUCAUUGUUCGACUCACGAUUGCCUAUGCCCAUGACUCUGUACUGAUGUAUGCACCGCUUAUGAUAUGUACUUACUAAUGGAAACUGACGAUUGUAUCUCUAAGUAAUCCUCUCAUUGUCUACAAUGACCCUUGACGAAACUGGCCAAUGGCACC